AUGCCCGAUGAGUUCCUUGCUAGGAACCCCCCCCCGCUCUGGCUCACUCUCUACCACAUCGUCACCCGCCUCCCUGACUCUCUACGCGCAGUCAGGGAUCACUUCCUAGCUCGCUGCCCCACUGAGCUCACCAUUGCCCUCCUCGAGAAGGAACUCCUUGCAGCUGAGGCGAGCAUCGUCGCUGUAGGUGCCUCUCGUGGCGACCCCCGCACCCCUUUCUUUGAGGGGUGUUCCCCUUCCCCCCUUCUUCCCUCUGUAGCCUCUGCUUCUGCUGUCGACCUCCUUGGUGCUGAGAAGGUCGGGACUGCGUCUGCUCCGAGCGGGCGCCGCAGGAACAGAGGGGGCAAGGGAGGCGGAGGUGGCGGCGGGGGAGGCGGGGGUGGAGGCGGUGGGAGUGGUGGUGGGGCUGGAGGGACUAGUGGCAGCGGUGGGGGUGGUGACGGCAGCGGCGGGGGCGGUGGCAGGGGCGGGGGCGGUGGCGGGGGCGGCGGUGGUCGCGGAGGCGGCAGGGGAGGGGGUGGUCGAGGAGGUGGCGGCGGCGGUGGUGGUCGUGGAGGCGCUGGCGGUGGCCAGAGCCAGCAGCACACUCCGUCGCUCCAGGAGGCCCGUGAGUGGUAUUCGCAGCGCGGGGGGGCGGGUGGCUUUAGCUGCACGUACGUCAUCCGCACUGGUGACCGCACUGGUCAGACGUGUGGGAGGCCGCACCCCACGCAGCGCUGUUUCUCUCGCCUUGACGACGCUUGGCGCACCCAGUUCCCUGAUGCCACUGAACUGCCCCGCUGGGCUGAUCUGAUGAGGAAGGGAGUUGAUAUCUAUGCACUAGACUUUGAUGCUAUUCUUACUGCCAUGUAUGUGAUGUUUACUAGUGGAGAGGGUGCUCAGUACCUGCGUGUUCCGCCCGACCCGGGCAUUCGGACCAGUGAGGCUGCCGCUCUAGGUGCUAGUGAGACUGCCACUCCAGGUACUCGCGUGUCUGCUACCUCAGGUGCUGGUGCGGCUGCUGCUCUAGGUGCUAGUGAGUCUGUGCCCCCUGGUACUGAGUCGACUGCGGCACUGCACACCUUCACACUGGACUCAGGUGCUUCUCGCUGUUUCUUUCGUGACCGCACUGUCCUUGAGCCACUCGCUCGGCCAGUUGCUGUCUCCCUCGCUGACCCCUCUGGGGGUCCGGUCAUUGCGACCUCCUCCACUGUCCUUCCUUGUCCUGCGGUCCCGACGGGGGUGUUCACCAGUUCACCCCUGCCUACGAGCGCGUGA